CGCACUUGCGGAAAACGCCUCACGUCACUUGCCGGCUCACCGCUAUUCGCACAAUAUCGCUUUGUGUCUGCGGCGGCGUCGUCGUCGGCCACAGCUCGGACUAAGGUGCAGAUCAGCUCGGAAUCUCAGUUUCCAGGGAGCUACGUCUUUGAACCGUGAAGAACGCAUGGACAUGUUCAGUGGCAAAACGCUGAUUAGAGCCGGUGGCAGCGAGCACUCGGCUGACGAUGUCCUCUGCGACGUUAAAGUGGUGGCCCUGUACUUCUCGGCCCACUGGUGCCCGCCUUGCCGUCACUUCACACCCAUCCUGGCCGACGUGUACGCCGAGGUGAAGCAAGCGCUUCCCUGCAUCGAGGUCAUUUUUGUCUCGCUGGACCACUCGAAGGAGGACAUGCUAAAAUACAUGGACGAGAGCCACGGAGACUGGUACGCCUUCAAGUUCGAGGAUCCCUUCCGAGAGGAGCUGGCAAGGGAGUACGUCAAAGGCAUCCCCACCCUUAUCGCUUUCAAGAUGGACGGCACGGUGAUCACUUCGAGUGGACGCGAACAAGUUCAGGAAGAGGGACCACAAGCCUUUCGCAAGUGGGCCGACAUGGUGAAAGACAUGGACAUCUUCAAGGGCAAGACACUCGUGCUUAAGGACGGUAGCGAGCACCCGGCAGAGAAGGCUCUCGGCGAUGCCAAAGCCGUGGCCCUGUAUUUCUCGGCCCAUUGGUGCCCGCCGUGCCGCAUGUUCACGCCUGUACUGGCUGAAGCGUACAAGGAAAUGAAGGAUGAGUGCGCAGCGCCUGUUGAAGUAGUCUUCGUCUCGUCGGACCGCUCCAAUGCGGACAUGCUAAAGUACAUGGAAGAGAGCCAUGGGGCGUGGUACGCCAUUAAGUUUGGCGACGCAUUCCUACAGGAGCUGAAAACCAAGUAUGGCGUCAGCAGUAUUCCUACCCUCAUCAUCAUCAAGAGGGAUGGCACUGUGAUAACUGCCAACGGACGCGCCGACAUCCAAGCCGAGGGGCCAAGAGCCUUUGUCAAGUGGGCCGGUGCAGCGUAGGAUUGCCAAACUUGCCCGCCUCUUCGCACUGUAGGCGUGUUUGCCUUAGAAGCUAGACCUGCCAGCUCUCUUAACAUUUGUGCUUCCAACCUAGCUCUGUUAGUUACUGUUGCAAAAAAAAAAAAAAAAAAGUGUUUUUCUGGGUCGCCAGUUGUUUGCAGCUUAAAGGUAUACACGCUGCUGAAAUUAUUUUGAAUCUUUUUUUAUAAGUGUCUGGGUUAUAGUACACACUGCUAAAAUUAUUUCGAACUCCUUUAUCUAUGUUUGGGUUAUAGUAGUAUACAUUAAAUGCAUCUUUGAUUACCCGCACUUUUUUUUUUUUCAUUUUUUUUACGCAGUGUCUAUUGUGUUACCAGUUUGACAAGUAGAUUCAGUACUCUUUUGCAAAUGCAUCGAUGUGAAUAUACAUUGCAGCAACUUAGUGCUAGCUGAGUGUCAUUCAUGCAUUUCUUGCGCAGCUCUCAAGCAGGGUGGUAUUGUUGCUGGUGAUAGUGAAUAGUGAUGGAGGAGUUUUAAAAUGGACCGACAACUGAUGAGCAUGUGUAAUUAAUGAAGCCUCUAAUGCAGGUGAAAACAUCGACGUAUUAUGCAUUUGUGAUUGCAGAUAAUUUUAUGUUGAAAAGUUGCAACUGCUAUUAUGCGGAUCAAAAGGAACCUGUUAUAUACACGACACAGUUGGGAAUGGCACAGUUUUCGUUACUUCACGGAAAUUAAUUUUCUUGCUGUGCAAGUAUCGUUCAUUUUUAGUCGUGCUGUCAUGUUUUUGCACCACGCAUCACGUCAUCCCUUUGUGUGAUUUGAUGUGUAAACGCGAUGCCUCACUGGAAUGACUGGCAUUGUGUCCGUUGGCCCAGCCAAUGGGAGCACACUGAAAGUGAUAACCCCAAAAGUGGUUGAUCAAUAAUGAGGUCAGAUUCAUGUUGCACCAUUGAAAAAGGGGUCCUUAAAGAUGUGUUGUCAGUCUGUUUAAGUACUUACGUGUAGAAGGAUGCCGUGGUCAAUUUUUCUUAACUCCUUCAUCACACAGUACUUUUCUUUCUUUUGUCAAAGUAUAUUUUUACAAGUUGCAGGUAUUCUUCCCUACCUUUCAAAAGUAUAUUUUGUGUGUUGUGCGCCAAUACCCAAGCUAGCCCAAACAUGCUGUUUUGCAUAGCUAUUCAGAGUAUACUACUAUAUAUAUAUACAUAUACAUCUUUGUGGUACUAUACUAUAUACUUUCAGGGAACUGCUCAUGUAUGCCUGUCUAACUUUGCGGCCGGUACCAAACCUGAUUUAUUUAACCCAAAGAAAUUGCUCUCGAUUUUAUCAUUUUGACAUCCAACUUGUUUCUUUUUUUCACUGCAUUUCAUAUAAUGUACUUUUACUGGGUAAAUAAACUGUCUUUUGCAAGCCUC